GCACUGCACCAGCAGCAGCCAAGACCCAAGCUUUGCUCGUUGGCGGCGGCGGCUAGGGUUUUUGCCACCCCCUUUCGCCAAACCCUAAUCCUCCUUCUUCCAUUCACCUCAUGGCGAUUUCGUUGCGGACAGUGGCUUGAUAGUUCUGUGGUUUUGUUCGGGAUUGAGUGAUUGAGAGCUAGUGGUGUGGCCUGCGGUGUGCGCUCAGAGAAAUGGGGUCCAGGAACCAGUUCGAUCUCCUCGUCGACGUCGACAACGAUGACCCCUCCCACCUCAUCGCCGCCGCCGAGAAGAAGGCGGCCGCGUCGCCCAAGCCGGCCGCGCCGGCGACCGCUCCGGCCAAGCUGCCCACCAAGCCCGCGCCGCCCGCACAAGCCGUAAGGGAGGCAAGGAACUACGGUGCUCCGCACGAUGGGGCUGGCCGUGGUGGCCCUGGGCGUGGAAGAGGUGGCCGCGGAGGCAGGGCCGGUCCAAGGAGGGAUUUUGGUGAGGGUGAUGCCAACGGCUUUGAGGGUGGCUAUGGCGGUGGCGGGUUUGGUGAUGGUGGAGUGGCUCGCGGCCAAGACAGUGAGGGGAAACAGGCAGAGAGGGGCCGUGGGCCACGCCAGCCCUACCGUGGAGGUGGCCGACGGGGUGGCUAUACUGAUGGGCAGAAUGGAGACGACUAUGGACGCCCACGGAGGGCGUAUGAGCGCCACAGCGGCACUGGCCGUGGCUAUGGAAUGAAGCGUGAGGGGGCUGGCCGCGGCAAUUGGGGAACUGUCACCGAUGAAGGCCUUGCACAGGAAACUGUGGAGGUUGUUAAUACCGAGGAGACUGCUGCAACUGCAGAGGAGGAGAAGAAGCCUGAAGAUGCACCGCAAUCUGAGGUUGACAAGGACAAGGAGGGUUUAGAGAAUGAAGAAGAAGAAGAAAAGGAACCUGAAGAUACGGAAAUGACUUUGGAGGAAUAUGAGAAAGUGCUGGAGGAGAAGCGGAAAGCUUUGCUUGCACUGAAGGCUGAGGAGAGAAAAGUUGAAGUCGAUAAGGAAUUGCAGUCCAUGCAACAGCUCUCGGUUAAAAAGGAUAACGAGGAAGUGUUUAUCAAGCUGGGCUCUGACAAGGACUUGAAAAAGAAAGAAAUUGCUGAACGGGAUGAACGCGCCAAGAAGUCCCUGAGCAUCAAUGAAUUCUUGAAGCCGGCUGAAGGUGAGAGGUACUACAACCCCAGUGGUCGUGGUCGUGGCCGUGGCAGGGGUCGUGGUGAGCAUCGGGGGUUCUAUGGCGGUUUCAAUGGCAACGGUGGUCGCAGACAUGCUUCCGCUCCGGCGAUCGAAGACCAAGCCCAGUUCCCUUCGCUAGGCGGGAAAUGAAACGGCUCGGCACGCUCGGUUGUCUCGUUGGUUCACCUGAAACUUUGUCGUCGUUGAGUUGAGUACUGCGUUGUUGUGCCCUCCCUCCCUGAUAGGAGUGUGUGUUCGCGUCGUGUAUCCCCGUGCAUACCCGAGGUGCACCCAUCACCAUUUGUUGUGUUGUCAGACAUAGUAGCUGAUGUGCUGCAUCCAUUAUUUUGCUUCCAUUUUCCGACAGGAGUGGACAUUGUAAUGCCAAUGUUUCUGAUUAGUUGUGUGCGCGUGGUUCAGAGGUUUUGCUCA